CCAAUCCUGCAAGCUCACUGCCCAGAAUCACCGCCCCCGCCGACGAUACAGAUCAAUAGGAACCCCGAAGAGCUCGUGCUGGAUAAAGAUCUCAUGGAGGCUUUCCGGCUGGGAGCUGCCAGUUGCUUCGUGACAUGUCGUUGAAUCAACCUCAUCUGCCAUCUCCGGCGGCCACACCAGAUGGACCCCUGCCGUCCAAUACGACUGCUCAGCCAGAGCAAUCUCAAUAUGACCUGUGCCAAAGCAUCGAGACGAAAUUGCUCAAUCUGACUCAAGAUCUGUACGAGCUUGAAAUAUGCGCUGGAGAAGUCGUCGAGGGCCAACAGCAGAGGAUACCUGAUUUCCUGAAGCGAAUCAAUGAAAGCUUUGUCGAGCUCGAGGGGAUGUCUAAGAGCUUGACUGAGAGUGUUCCCCGCCAGGUCAUAGAAAACGUCGAUACGUACCAUAAUCCCCACAUGUACACGAAGAACUCCCUGAGUCGGGCGACUGGAGAGAACCAGUAUGCAUUGGGAAGGGUUUUGGGACUGGAGAGCUUUCGCAGACAAUUAUAUGACGCUCUGGCAACGGAUUUCCCCACCAUUCCGCUUCCAGAACGACGGCAUCAGCCGUCUCCUCCAGAGCCAGUGAACGGUAUCAAUGGAGUAAAGGUGGAACGGGAGGCAAUGAACGGAGCCAAUGGGUCAUAAUGCAAUGGAGGGAUCUGAUUUGACAUGGGAUCUGAGCACGGUUCAGUUGUACAGUAUGCAACAUGCAUCUUUCUGUGUUCCGUCAUGACUUCUCCGCAAGUCCUCAG